UUGUCAUGGAUACUUGCCUGGAAACAGAAAUUAAACUGAACAACUGAACCUAAAAUUAGAAAAAGCAGCAACGGCGCGCACUAACAAACACUAUAUACUGUUUUCUUUUUCUGCCUUAUGGGUUAUAACUUAUGAACAAUUACGCGUACGGCUUACUUGUUCUUUCAAGUUCCAACAAAGCGAUUUGUUAUUCUUCCUUUGCUUCUUUCCCUCUCUCUCUCCUAAACAUUUAUAUACUUAACCAUUAUUCUGUAUCACCAGAAUCCAUUCAAUUGUUCUUUGCUUUCUCUUCUCUUCUAAACUCUUUCAACAUCUAUCAUCUUUUUCGUCUGAUUCUCAGCAUCCAUGGCCACGCAAGAAAGAGGUAGGCCAUUGCCAAAAUUCGGAGAGUGGGACGUGAACAAUCCGGCAACAGCAGAAGGUUUCACAGUGAUAUUCAAUAAAGCAAGAGAUGAGAAGAAGAUUGCAAAAAAUCUCCCAAGAGAGAAACUUGCCACCCAAGAAAAGAAAUAUAAUGCACCUCACAAGCCUGUUGCUUACACAAAACAUCCCCAAAAGCAAAAGAGUAAGUGGUUUUGCUGCGGUUAAUAAUCCAAGAAGGCGUGACAAGGGAAUUGGAUUCCGAGAACGACUAUUAGGAAAGGGGAUCCUUGUACAAACCCUAGAUGUUGGUUUACGGGGACCAGAUUCUUGAAAAAAUCCCCAAUUGUUGUGAUCCUGCUUUUUAGCAUUUCAACCUUUUUUUUUUCAAUUUAUCUUGUUUUCUUUUCAAGUUUUCUUUUUUCUUUUCUUUUUUUUUUUUUUUUGGUUGUUGAAAGU